AUGCCGUACGCCGUGCGCAGAGGCCGCCAUGCGGGAGUCUAUGACACCUGGGACGAAUGCAGAGAGCAAGUGGACCGCUAUCCAUCAGCAAGAUACAAAAGGUUUUCAACAUUCCAAGAAGCCAACAGCUUUGUAGAUGAGCGAGACUAUCCACCAAGAAGAGAAAGGUCAGCAAUGGUAUACACUGAUGGAUGCUGUUCUCGCAACGGCAGAUAUGGAGCUACAGGUGGAAUUGGUGUCUACUGGGGUCCUGACAGUUCACUAAACGUUUCUGAAAGAUUGGAAGGAAGACAGACGAAUCAGAGGGCUGAGAUACAGGCAGCCUGCAAGGCCGUACAACAGGCACAGAGUCAGGACAUUAAUAGGCUUAAUGUUCGUACAGACAGCGAGUUCACUAUAAAAGGUAUGACCGAAUGGGUGCCUAGAUGGAAGCAAAAUGGCUGGAAAACUAUCCAUGGUGGGGAUGUUGUCAACAAGGAGGACUUUCAGAAAUUGGAUAAUCUCUGUAAACAAGUUGAUGUCACAUGGACUCAUGUUCCAGGACAUACUGGUCAUGAGGGAAAUGAAAUGGCUGACCAUCUGGCAAGGAGCGGAGCAAGAAAAUAA